AUGGGCACGGUAGAUGUUGAAAAACUUUUCAAGGAAAUCAAAAAGUUGAUGCCUGACUUCAAUCCCGCGCGCAUCGUUACCGAUGAGGCCAUGUGUUUUUAUAGUGGAUUUCGUUCAACAUUUCCGCAAUCAACAGCGAAGCUGCAUUAUUGCCGCUGGCACAUCAGUAAGAGUUGGGAAAAGAAAGUUAGAGAACUAGUUGAACCUCAACACCGCGCACAAGUGAACAUGGAGCUGAAACAGCUGUUGCUUGUGGGUCAGUUGACCGAUUUUCAACAGAGGAACGCAAAUUCACGGAUAGAUUGCUUAGUAGAGCUCCUAAUACGCGCUGUUGAAGAUCUUGCGGAUUCAAAUGAGAUUAAGGACCGGCGGCGCCUUGCGCAGGCAUCUUUUCGGACACAGCAGACGUCUAUAAGACAUCGCUCGGCACAAGCGCAGUACCAGGGAAAAUCUGAGAAAAUCACGUCGAUAGGCAUAAGGAAAUGGGAGGUCGAAGGAAGAAAGCCGGAUGCGAAGUUCAUAGUUGAGGACAAAGGAGGAUGCAUAUGUCCUCCAAACUUUGGUAAAAAUGUGCAUUGCCCGUCGUGCAAUGUGUGUCCAUACUCAUGGACGUGUAGCUGUUUGGACAAUAGGGCUGGCAUCUCAUGUGUUCAUCGACAUGCCGUGAAAAUGUUUGAAGACCAGAAUGCACCGUGUGGUGAAGAGCAUUCGCCAGCAGUGAUGGAAGAGCACGAAGAAAUAGCCUUGCGCUCCACAUCUAGCAGUGUUGUUAGCGAAGUGCAAAGCCGUAUGGACAUGAGGAAAAGCAUACGGAAUAAUAUAGAAAUGAGGUACUCCGUUGUCAGCACAAACGUUAAUAGGCUUGUAAACAGCGACACCCAGGAGGCUUGCGCAAAAUUGCUCGACAUCCAAAAUCUCAUUGAUCAAGCCUCAAAAAUAACACUGCUUUCCAGCUCUUUGGAACCUCGAAUUGCAGUGCGCCCCGAACUCACACGUUCAUUUACCUUUCAAUUAUCUGAUGCUUCGAAGAAGUGUCAGGCGGAACAAUUAAUCGUAGGAGAAGCUGCUGCAAUACUGUUCCCAUUGGUAUACGUUAAAGGCGAAUUCGUUGGAGGAUGUGACAUCAUGGUACAAAUGCACAAAGAUGGAGAGAUUUACGACUCUUUCGACUCAAAAGGGUUCGCAAGCAAGUAUGGAGAGGCAAAGUGA